AUGUCAGCGAAGAGUGCAUCCGUUACUUCGUCAGCGAGGCUGAUCCCAGCAGUUCGAGCAGGACUUGUCUACUACAAGAGACCGAAUCGAUCGUUGAUGCAGUUCUACUCAUCCGAUUCACGAGAACUCGAUAUUCUUCCUUCCCAGACCGCUGCGAGCUCUGCUAUCCGUCGACCGCUGCCAGCAUCACUGGGCCUAACCCUCGACUUCACUCGUCCCUCGAUGGCGUCUUCAGCAAACUGGAUUCUGCCGCCAUCUGCCACCUCUGAUGUCUUUCUUCAGGUAAAUGCCUCUCACACAGUGGCCACCUUCGUUGAGCAGGCCUUGUCCAAGCCAAGGAGCACACACACUUCGAAGUCUACUCCUGCAGAAUCGGAGGAACUGAGUUCUAUGCAAGGCGCAAGACAGACCAAAUUCACCGUUGAACAACUCGACGUCCGCUCUGAGCAAGUGUCUUUCAUCGUUACCCAAGCGCCCUUCAUCUUCGGACGGGUCAAGGCCCGCUCGACAGACAGCAUCUCCCGAUAUGUGAAGUUCUACAACUGCAUCUGGCUCACGCUCAACGACAUAAUCAUCGGGGUCGCUUUCGGGUCUUUCUUGUGCGAGAACUGCCACGUAUUGGGCAGCAUGCUGGACGCAUUCACGCAGUUGUACCUCGUCGGCUGGAUGCAGCGAGCGCUCAUCUGGCUCAACAGCUGGCCGGCCGGUCUGAAGCUCAACACUGAGCUCAGCCAAUUCUACUGCCAUUCUCUACUGAUUGCGAUCACAAUCUGGGGGCGCGUUCUGCGCAGCAUGGGCCCGUACUACCCUGCCCUGCUCUGGGUAGUCGGUGCUAUGGGUUGCUGUGGGAUGACCAUGAUUGUGUCCCUUCUGUCAGACAUCAUCGGUGUGCUUACAUCGCACCUCUACGUGUGCUACGUCCUCUCAGCCACGGCGUUCCGGCAUCAACUCGGCCUCGCAGGCUCAUUAUGGAACCUGUUUCGUGGUAUGUGUCCGGCUGGUUAG